AUGGAAGGGGAGUCAGGAAUUGUUGUUCUCCUCACUGAGGUUGGUCGUGUCCGUCUUGAGUCGUGGAAUCGUUGGCUGGAAUGGGUGGAGAUCAUCGAGCCUCGCACCCGGGAGCGCAUGUACGCCAACCUGCUGACGGGCGAGUGCGUGUGGGACCCGCCGGCCGGGGUGCGCAUCAAGCGCACCAACGAGAACCAGUGGUGGGAGCUCUUCGACCCCAACACCUCCCGCUUCUACUACUACAAUGCCACCACCCAGAGGACCGUCUGGCACCGGCCCCAGAACUGCGACAUCAUCCCCCUGGCCAAGCUGCAGACCCUGAAGCAGAACACGGAGUCGCCGCGGGCGUCCACCGAGAACAGCCCCGGGCGGAGCAGCAACGUCAGCAGGGAGGGGAGCACCGGCUCCUCCCUGGAGCAGGAGCUGGAUGGAGGAGGAGGAGGAGGAGGAGGCAGCGAGAAGCUCCCGGAGCAGAGGGCGGGCAGGCAGGGCCCCCAGUACGGCCUGGGCAAGGAGGAGGUGGAGAGUUCGUCGCCUUCCGGAGUGUUCGAGAAGGAGUAUGAGAUUUACCGGGAUUACAGCGCCGAGGGGCAGCUCCUGCACUACAGGACGUCGUCCCUGCGAUGGAACGCGGGCACCAAGGAGCGGAUGCUGAUCAAGGUGACGGACCGGGAGCCGAGCUUCCUCCUGCACCAGGGCAACGGCUUCGCCCCCGAAUCCCAGGCGGGGCCGCGCUCCCGCCGCCCCUCCGGCGGGCAGCAGUCCCCCAGCCUGCAGACCUUCUCCUCCUCGGACGCCGACGGCUCCGUGUUCUUCCCGGAGAGGAAAGCGUCGCCCUUCCUGAAGAGGGCCGAGCUCUCCGGGAGCUGCUCCCCGCUGCUGGGCCGGGGGGACCCCUUCUGCUCCCCGCUGCAGGCGCAGCAGCACCGCAAGCACUCGGCCGAGUCGCAGCCGUCGUCGCCGCGCUACGCCUACGAGCCGCCGCUCUACGAGGAGCCCCCCAUGGAGUACCAGGCCCCCAUCUACGACGAGCCCCCCGUGGACAUGCAGUACGAGGCCGGCGGCGGCGGCUACAAGGCCGGCUCGCCCCAGAAGUCGCCGGUGCGGAAGCCGCACCCCUUCCUGCAGUCGCCCAAGCAAGGCUCCAACUCGCCCUACCAGCAGCUGGUGCUCACCAAGCAGAAGUGCCCCGACCGCUUCAUGAGCCUGGAGUACAGCCCCGCCGGCAAGGAGUACGUGCGCCAGCUCGUCUACGUGGAGCAGUCGGGCUCCAGCCCCAAGAUGAAGACGGGCCUGAGGCACAAAUACUCCCCCAACCCCAUCGGGGGCUCCUACUCGCUGCAGCACAGCCCCUGCCUGGUGCGGGACCAGCGCCUGGACGUCAAAUCCGGCGAUUACAGCAGCAUGGAAGGGCCCGACUUCUGCCCCGGCCCAGCGGCCCCGGGCGAGGACUCCAUGUCGUGGUCCAGCCAGCAGGACACCUUGUCCUCCACCGGCUACUCGCCCUCCACCAGGAAGAGGAAAAGCCGGAAGCCUUCGGUGGCCCACGAGCCCAACGCCUCGGCCGCGGACGGCUCCGGGGAGAGGGAGGUGCUGGGGGAGCAGCUGCCGGGGGACGAACGAGCCGCCCCGGGGCCCAACCGCUCGCCCAUGAACCGGACGGAGAGCAAGGCGGCCGAGGCGGAGGCGGGACGGGGCUUCCCGGAGCCCUUCCUGGCGCAGGCCCGCCUGGCGUGGGAGGCGCAGCAGGCCCAUUACCACAUGAAGCAGAGGAGCAGUUGGGAUUCCCAAAAGGACGGAUCCGGCUACGAGAGCGACGGCGCCCUCCCCCUGCCCAUGCCGGGCCCGGUGGUGAGGGCCUUCAGCGAGGACGAGGCGCUGGCGCAGCAGGAGAACAAGCACUGGAAGAGGAACACCUUCGAGAAGCUGGGCUUCCCCCAGAUCCUGCUGGAGAAGAGCGUCUCCGUCCAGACCAACCUGGCCUCCCCCGAGCCCUACCUGCACCCGUCCCAGUCCGAGGACCUCGGCGCCUGCGCCCAGUUCGAGAGCAGCCGCCAGACCAGGAACAUGAUGCCGAGCGCCAGCUGCGUCUUCCCCACCUUCAACCUGCGCAAACCCUCCUCGGAGACGGACAUUGAGAACUGGGCCUCCAAGCACUUCAACAAGCACACCCAAGGGCUCUUCCGCCGCAAGGUCUCCAUCGCCAACAUGUUGGCCUGGAGCAGCGAAUCCAUCAAGAAACCCAUGAUCAUGACCAACGACCGCAACGUCAAGAAGGAGGCGUGCGAGAUCUUCAAGCUCAUCCAGAUGUACAUGGGCGACCGGCGGGCCAAGACGGACCAGCUCAACGUGGCCUUGGAGAUCGCCACCAAGGGCUGGAGCGUGCAGGGGCUGCGAGACGAGCUCUACAUCCAGCUGUGCCGGCAGACCACCGAGAACUUCCGUUACGAGAGCCUGGCCCGGGGCUGGGAGCUCAUGGCCAUUUGUUUGGCCUUUUUCCCCCCCACUCCCAAAUUCCACUCCUACCUAGAAGGAUACAUUUACCGGCACAUGGACCCGGUGAAUGACACGAAAGUGACGCGGCACAUCCGUCACCUCCUGGAAAGGACCAAUCAGAAGAAACCCAAAUUGCGAAAGAAACCCAAGCCCCAAAUCGAGGAGCACCAUGGGGUGGCCAUCAGCACUUACGCCAAGUACUGCUACAACAAGCUCCAGAAGGCAGCUCUGACCGGGGCCAAGAAG